AUGUCCAGCCUCCAGACCAUGAGAAAUCAGCGUGUGUUGUUGAAGCCCCUUUCUGGAGACCAGACCUCUGAGGUCGAGGUGUCCCAGGGCCGCGCUCCCUCCAGAGGCUCCAGGGGAGGGUCCUUCCUGCCUCUUCCAGCUUCUGGGGGCUCCAGGCGUCCCUGGGCUUGUGGCUGCCUAGUUCCCGUCUCUGCCUCCGUCUUCACGGGGCUUCUCCUCUGUGUCUGUGAGUCUCCUCUUCUGUGUCUUAGAAGGACAUUGGAUGUAGGGCCACCCUCAUCCAGGAGGACCUCAUCUCAGACCCUUACCUUCAUUUCAUCUGCAAAGACCCUAUUUCCAGAGGGCCCGUCCCCAGGUGACUUUUUCAAAGACAGCCUCCCGGAAGCAGAUCUGUACGUCCUUUCCAGAAUCCUGCAGGACUGGCCGGAUGACAAACUCCACAAGCUACUGAGCCGGAUCUCAAGCAGCUGCAAACCAGGCGGUGGCCUCCUGGUGGCUGAAGCGGCGGCAGAGGAGGAGGGGGCGUCGCAGAGCCCCCGGCUGCGGACCCUGAGCGCCGGGCAGCCCCGGAGCCCCGACGAGCACCGGCGCCUUCUGCAGCGACACGGCUUCCAGGACGUGCGGGUGGCGCGCGCGGGGGACCUGCUGUGCGUGGUCCUGGGCACCCGAGCUGCGCCCUGAGGGUCACCGGGAACCCGGCAGGGCCCAGCACCCGGAAGUGAAGGGUUCCUGGAGAGCAGGUGUCACCGGACACAUUAAAGGAGGCGGAAAGCA